AUGUCAGUACUUGAGCUUGUUGCUGACAGGAGCUCGGAAAUAUUGCUCGAGGUAGUCAAGGGUGCCUCUUCAUUGCCAAGUCAGCAAGUUGCUUAUGUUGAUGGCUCGUUGGACUUGCUCACCCCCGGCCAUAUUUCGUCUCUCGAAGAAGUCGUUUCUAUCGAACAACAGCCGCAGUCAUAA